GUUUUACGGAUUGAUUACCGUAAUGACUUUCGUAGUUCUGAUUCUUUUUAUUCCUAUCCUGCUGAAAGUUUAGAAUUGGGUGAUUAUAUACUACCUAAUAUAUUUGUAUCUGAGGCUAAAUUUACUCAAUCGGUAAAAUUUUUUAUAAGUUAUCAAAAUCGAAAAAUAAUUGUGGAAUUGAAAUAUGGAGAGCCGAUGUACACCUUUAAGCUUGAAUUCAAUUUUGAUGAUAUAAUUAAUGAUAUUUAUUCUGAGCUUGACGUUUCUCAACAAAGAUCUCAUGGUUCAAUUACUAUAGAAAAUAAAUAUCCCGCAAAAUGUUGGGUAUUACAUAAGUGUCAAAAACCAAAAGAUAAAUUUAAUUGGUGUAUUGAUAAUUUUUGGAACCGUAUUACAAAAAAUGAUAAAAUGCCUCAUUUUCAUAAAGAUAAUGAUCAACCUGGUAAAUGGCUCGUCUUUAGAAUAACUUUUGAUUUGGAUCAAAUUGGAGGUCUUAAUCGUUUUAAAAAAUUAAUUAAGAAGGCCGGUAAAUAUAAUUUGGUUCCUAGAACUUCAAGCAUUAGUAAUUUUCCAUUAAAAAUUAUUAAUGGAACUGAAUUAUGUAAACAUUUUGUGAACCGUAAAAUGUUAAACUUUAAAGUUAAUUAUAUGCUCGAAUGUAAUAUUUCUUUUAAUUACCUUAAUGAAUAUAACCUUUGUAAAGAAUUCUAUUCUUUAUUAUCUCAACAACCUACUAAAGUCUCUCUUAAUAUUUUGGAAGUUCAAAGAAGAAAAGGAUCUAUAAACCUUUACCAUAUUUACGUUCAGAAUUGGAGAAGUUAAAAUAUAAAUUGGUUAAUGAAUCUACAUAUAUACCAUAUUAUUGUGUUAU